GUUUAAAACGAAUACGAGUAUAUUAACGAAGUUCAUAAUCUGCAGAUUGUAUAAUUAUCAAAUUUAUAUUUAAAAUUAUUACUCUCUUCGUCCCACCUAUAUUGAGACUGUUUCCAUUUUGGACGCUCCAUUUAUCUUGAGAUCUUUUUUUAUUUGAUAAAUUUUUUAUCUUUUAUUCACUUUUUUAUAUUGAAGAGAAUAAUAAAAUUUAUAUAUAAUAAUUAAUUCCCGUCGAAAUUCGACGGGCUACAAACUAGUUAGCAAUAAUAUGAAAAUAGACGACUCUUCUUCCUAUUCCAGUGUAUUUAAUAUACUGACCAUUCAUUUAAUAAAAUACAUAUAAAUGAAAUUAAUUUACAGAGAUGUUAUGUUACUACCCAAAGCAUCCUAUAUAUAUUCCCUCUCUCCCUCGAGGAUGGUACACUUGUCAUGGCAUAUAACCAUAUUUCGUUGGCUUCAUUACAUCAUUUGCUUUUCUGUUGUGUUUUUUCCUUUCCAUUGAUCCCAUUCCCAUCCCUCCCAAGAAUUUAAGCAUUCGUUUACACAACAAUCUUUCAAAUCCGAUAUUGAUUUUCAUCUUUGCCGAUGAACAAUGGCGAUAAUGGAUCUAUUACGAAACAAUCCCAACUUUGGAGGCCAGACGUUUAAUUCAAGAGGCUUAUUCCCGGCAAAAUUAGGCGGCUCUUCCGCCGCCUACGCCUUCGCUUUCGGGGCUUUACUUGGCAAUGGAGUGACGCAAUAUGCUUAUUGCGAUGCUGGUGCCACAUUUGGCGAAGAUUACCUUUCUAAAAUACGGACUGCCUCUGGAAAAAUCUUCCAAAAUGAGGCACUGACAUACAGUACGAAGCAUUAUGAUUUUGAGAUGAAGCCACUAUUCUCAGCUUUUCAUUGGAAAACUCUCGCACUGACAUCAUUGAGGUCGUUUUCGAUAUUCUAUCUUCCUCUUCUAGAACCGCACUUAUGCAUGGAAGAGGAGGAUGAUGACUUUCUAGGAGAUGAUAUGGAAGAAAAUAAAAUAGAUUUGGUUAUUCCUUUCAAGAAAUCAGUGAGACAAAUAAUGCUUGAGACAACAAUAGUUACAACAAGACGCUAUCUUGAAAGAUUUGUAGUUUACUACGGUUCACAACGCAUGGCUUGGAAAGUUCUCAAAGAUGUUCCCAACUCCGCCCUUCGGAAGGCUGGAAGAGGAAUGCCGACUUUCACAUACAUAUACCGUGUGAGCAGAACCACUUUUAGAGGACAUUUCCUUGGAGUUUUAGCUUCAUGGAUCGUCCACGUUGGCAUCGAUAUCUAUCAGUUCCUUUCUUCUGUUUCGAAAGCCAAGAAAGCCAUGGAUACAGACACCGUUGAUACAACGAAACAAGUAAGAAUUCUUAGACGAAAGGUUUCUGGUGCCACUGUCGGGUGUUGUGCUUCACUUGUGUUCGCCUCAGUAGGGGCCGGGAUAGGGGCGAGUUUAACUCGGCCUUCGGUAGGACAAUGGAUCGGAAGUGGCAUUGGGGAUGUGGCAGGGCCUAUUAUCAUCGCCUUCUGUUUUGAGAAAGCUCGUGGUGGUCUCUAAUGCCUCUUUCAAGAUGAAGAUGUUAAUUUAUCUCAUUUGAGAUUUUGAAUUUGCACUAAGCUAGCAUAGUGCAUGCAGUUUGCUUGUUGAUAUUUAGUAGAUAAAUUAUUUAUUAAAGAAGUAGUUGCUUGGGAGAA